AUGACUCACGAGUCCGUUUGGUACAGCCGGCCCCGCAAGUUCGGCAAGGGUUCCCGUGAAUGCCGUGUUUGCGCCCACCGUGCUGGUCUGAUCCGCAAGUACGGGAUGGACAUCUGCAGACAAUGCUUCCGUGAGAAGGCUCAGGACAUCGGUUUCUACAAGGUUGUACCGUUAAAUCUAUUUUCUCGAUCCAUUUCCUGUUUCACGACGAAUCGUUACGUGCUCGGCGCUCGGUAG